UGACAGCAGCGAUAUUUUGAAACAGUGUGCCACAGUGUGUAAAUUUUUGCACUACGUAAUAUUCGAAAUCAAAAUCACUUAACACUUUUCAGAAUGGAGACUACAGACUUUGGUAUCAUCGCGAUGGAAGUCUUUUUCCCAAGAUACUUUGUUUCCCAACAAGAUUUGGAAGUAGCAGAUGAAUGUAUUGGGAAGUACACUCAAGGAUUAGGUCAGAUAUCUCUCGGAUUUUGCUCGAUACAGGAAGAUAUAAAUUCGAUAUGUCUAACUGUGGUUAGUAACCUUAUCAAACGUAUUAAUAUUGACUUGAGAAAAGUUGGUUUUCUUGAGGUUGGAACAGAAACAGUAAUAGAUAAAUCUAAAUCUACAAAGACUUUGCUGAUGGAAUUAUUUGAAACAGCUGGAAAUUUUGAUGUUGAAGGAGUAGACGUUAAAAACGCAUGUUUCGGUGGUACCUCCGCCUUGUUCAGUGCGCUCAACUGGCUUGAAUCCAGUAGUUGCAAUGGUCGCCUAGCGUUGGUUGUUGCCGCUGAUAUAGCAGUUUAUGGUAAUAGAGCAGCACGUCCCACCGGCGGUGCUGGAGCUGUUGCACUUCUACUUGGGCCAAAUGCUCCGUUAGUGGUUGAUCCUGGUUUACGCGCUAUUUAUAUGAAACAUCGCUACGAUUUUUAUAAACCGAAUUUAAGUUCUGAAUAUCCUGUUGUGGACGGUCAGUUCAGUAUGCAGUGUUAUCGAGAGGCUUUAGAGGCGUGCUAUAAAUUGUAUAAACAGAAGGCGGCUUCUAAAGGCCUUAAUGGAACUGUAACUACACCUUGGUGCGAAAACCUGCCGAAAGGGAAUAAUUCCGUUGACUACAUGUGCCUUCAUUCUCCAUUUACUCGUCUCGUUCAAAAAGCAGUGGGCUGGUUGGCACUGGUUGACGUGCGUCUGCUCUGUAGCGAAGCUGGUAAGAUGACUUCAAACGGUUCUGACAAUCAUCAGAUAUCACGGAAAUCCAAUCAUCUCAAUUCAGUUGAUCCAGAUAUCUGCACAGCUUUGAAAGAUUAUUCUGCAACUGACGACAAACAGUGUGGUAUUCCGGAUCGCCAGUUGGAUGCAAUUUGUAUGAAAGCGACUGAUUCACUGUACAAGCGUAGAGUAGAUCCUGGAUUAAUGUUUGCUAAAAAUGUUGGCAAUAUGUACACCGCUUCAUUGUAUUCAUGUCUGGCUAGUCUUAUCCUCAAUGUACCAAAGGCUGAGUUAUUAGGCCGUCGUAUCCUAUUGUAUUCUUAUGGUUCCGGAAUGGCAUCAGCUAUGUUCAGCAUUCUUGUUCAUCCAGAUCGAGAUCUAUCAAGUGUCGUAGAUUGUUCUUUAUCAUCGUUGUCUGAAGGUACUGGAGAUUCAUCUCAGAUUAAGUAUGCUGUCCACCAACGUCUAUUCAAAGAACGUACACAAGUGACUGUUUUGGAUUUCGAGCAUAUGCUGGAAGAACGAAGGAUUUCACACAACUCAGGAAUUAAGAACUCCAGGUCGCUGGCAGUAGAAUCCAAGAUACGCGUUCCGGCCCAUUUGGGACUCGUCAUCUGAGUGUAACUACUCUCUAAUGAGUGGUAGUAUUCCCCUCCUGAGACUAUACAAGUAUCCACCAGCAAAGAAGUAACUUCGAGUUUUCUUUUCGUUCGAACCAGUAUUUCGACCUGACGGAUUGUUUCCUGAUUCAUAUUACUUGAAGAGAGUAGAUGACCGAUAUCGUCGAUUUUAUGAUAAAUUACCAGCAGUAUAGUCGUCUCGGGGUUUCUAUUCGGCUAAGUACCCGCCUACGUACCCAUGGUGACCGAAUAAGCAUAGCAUGUGAAGCAGUAAUUAAAAUUACUAAAUUCCUGUGAAAUUUUCCUCGCAUAGAUUUAAUUAGCGCACAUUUACUCAGAUACUUUAUCCGAGUAAACAAUCUUUUUCUGCAGUAAUAUUUUUUUUGUGUAGUUUACGGGAGGAAAGAAAAAGAAGAAGAAAUUUGUUUCGUUCCACAUUCAUGCACCUUUUGUUAUGCUUUUGGUUUUCCGUUUUGCUACAAGCCUUAAUUUGAAUAUUUUCAAUGGACUUUCACACUCAUCUUCUGAUAUUCCUUCAGUGAUUUUGUUUAUGUGAUCAGCUUGAUUCAAUUGUUUUGCUUUCAUAAGCUGUCUCUCUUGUCUUCUAGUCCGAAUGUUAUGAACACAAAGCUUUAUGCACAAACUGUUGUCUAUUUGUUAUUGACACAACUUAUUUUUGUUCUUUUCUGACUACGAGAAGUUUCUUUUCUCUCCUAUUUUUUUUGAAUAUUAUGAAUAAUACGGUUGUGCCUUGAUUACUGAAAAUAUACGGUGAAAUAGUAUGCAAGCAGAUUAUUGU